GGAAGUGGAUCUACUAUUAGGAGCGAUGUUCUUGGCUCCCCGUCGUGUCUCAACCGUUGAACUGGUCUAGUUAAUUAGUUAAAUUUCUGUUGUUUUUUUUAUUAUGUUAGUAUUUAUUAAAGGGUUUCGGGAACUUAAAUGGUUUUAGAAGGUCUUUCAUGUUUUACUUUUAGUGUUAAUCUGUGAAAGCUGCUUCUGGAUCAAAUAUUCUGUGUGCGCAGAUGUUCCAGAGCUGCAGACGAUCACUAUGAGUUUAAACACGCUGCGAGCCCUGCUGCUCCUGGGGCUUUGGCAGGCUGGCAGGAGAGGUGUGACCCUGGCCUCUGAGCUGCAGGAGCAACCCAAGAAGAUCGCUGUGAUUGGAGCAGGCAUCGGUGGAACAGCGGCAGCGUUUUACCUGAGGGAGGAGUUUGGACCUCUAGUCAAGAUCGAUGUGUUUGAGCCGGGGACCGUUGGAGGGCGGCUGGCGACGGUAAAGAUCGGCGAUUAUGAGUAUGAGACCGGAGGUGCUGUGAUCCAUCCUCUGAAUCUACACAUGAAGCAGUUUGUUGAUAAAUUAGGCAUUCCUCAGAGAAAAGGCCUCCCUUCUAAAAUGGCGAUCUUUGAUGGGAAGGAGCUUGUUUUUGAAGAAAGCGACUGGUUCAUUGUUAACAUCUUCAAGAUGCUCUGGCGGUAUGGAUUCAGUUUCAUCCGUAUGCAGAUGUGGGUGGAGAGUAUUCUGGACAAAUUCAUGAGAAUCUACCAGUACCAGCAGUACGGCUACUCUUUCUCCAGCGUGGACAAACUCUUGCAUGCUAUGGGAGGUGACAGCUUCCUCACCCUGAUGAAUCAGACUCUAGAGGAGGCCAUGAUGGGAGAAGGAUUUUCUCAGGUCUUCAUCAAUGACAUUGUUGCACCCAUCACACGUGUGAACUACUGCCAAAGCGUCCGCAUCAACGGCUUUGUGGGAGCGGUGUCGUUAGCUGGGGCGGAUUCAGGCCUGUGGGCCGUGGAUGGCGGCAAUAAGAGGGUGUGUUCUGGGCUACUCUACCACAGCAAAGGUGACCUAAUCCCUGGCAAAGUGACCUCCAUCUCUGUGAAAACGCGACCAUCAAAGAGAGGUAACACUGUCAGCUAUUAUGAAGUGAACUACGUCGGAGAAUCUGGCUUAGCACAUACUUUGUAUGACAUCGUUGUCAUCGCGACGCCGCUUCAUCAGGGAAAGUCGGACAUCACGUUUACGGGGUUCUCUCCUUCCAUCCCAACUCACUAUCCUGGUCUCUACCACCGGAUGGUGGCCACUUUGGUGCACGGCACCCUGAACGUGUCCUACCUGGGGACAGCUCAGCCGGCCUCGGAGUUCACCGUGUCCGACAUCCUCACCACGGACUCGAAGGGCUCCGCCAUCAACAGCCUCGGUUCUCUGGAUCCUGUUCAUAUUCCUGAUGGGUACAGUCGACCCCCCGCCAGCUAUCCCAAUGUCUGGAAGGUGUUCUCCACACAAUCACUGACCCAGGAGCAGCUGCAGCGAAUGUUCCUCUCCUACGACUCUGUGUCGGAGACCCCGUGGCUUGCUUACCCCUCGUACCGUCCGCCGCACCGGAGGACCCCUCCGUUCAUCCUGCACGACCGGCUGUACUACCUCAAUGCUGUCGAGUGGGCAGCCAGUGCCAUGGAGAUGAGCGCCAUCUCGGCCCGGAAUGUGGCCCUGCUGGCUCAUCACCGCUGGCACAAACAGGUCGGAAAGGUCGACCAGGAGGACCUGCACACCCGACUGAGAGGAGAACUCUGAAAUGGAACAAAGAAAAGUAGAAAAAUGGAAUCUAAAUAAGCAGCAAAGCCUUUGUCCUUAAUCAGAUGAAUAACAUUUUCCCCAAAUGAUUUUUCUUUACACAUUUUGUGAAUUUCUCUUCAUUUCUUAACAUGAAAGAAUCAGAAAAUAGUAAUAACACUGUGAACCAAGCUGCACUGAUGGGGAGAUCCUGUAUCUUCCCUCUUUCCCAGAGUUUGUCAGUCUGUAUUGAACCUGUCUUAAAGCUAAUUCUACUCGUCUUUGUUCUUUCUGACUUGAAGCCUGAUUUACUGAUAAGUUUACAUGUUUUCUGUUCAUUUCCAAGACUGCCUCGUCAGCACAGAGCUGGGAUUCCUGCGAGUGUUUACGGCUAACAAAUUUUUAGCAGUAUUUACCUCUUAUUUCAAAACGAAUUCAAAAAAUCUGCUUUAGAAAUUUGAUGUGCCUUUAAUAUAAUCAGAAUUGGGUUAUAAAAUAUUUGACCAUUUGUCUUCAUGUUCAACAAAUUUUGUUUUUUUUCUCUUUUAAGAUCUCAAUUAAAAUCCAAAGUGUUUCAUGUUGAUGAUUUCUGAUCAGAACACGUGUUUGUAAAUGAUUCUGGACUUUUACUCUGUUUUUUUUUCAGAUUUCUGAUUUAAACUGCUGUCUAAAAUCCCUCCUCUGGCACUUUUUGAAGAUUUACUCUACUUUUUUUAAUAGUAAAAGGCACUUUAAAUGGGUUUCAAAACCAACCUCGUGUCAAACCACUCUUGAAAACGCCCAUACACUACUGUAGAUUUUUAGACGUGUUUACAAUUAAUAAAUUAAUGAUGCCUUUCCUGCA